CUGGACGCUUGCCGAGCUCCUUGGCCACGAAGGACAUCUCCACCUAGCACACAAAAACAUUUGGCUUGGAGCUAUCAUUGAGAAAUGUUGGACCAAAGGUGCAUUUCAGAAUGCGGAUCGUCUGCUAGAGGCAUUGGAUUCCAUCAACCUAGACAAUCAGUCUACUCAGGGAAAUGCGAAAUACGAUUGCUGCGAGCCAGGGAAGAAGGCAUCAAUACAGCCUAUCACCAAACUCGCGGUCACUACUUGUGCCAUUACAGUACUAGCCACUUGGAUUUGGAGAUGGUCUUAAGUACAAUUGCCGUUCUGCAUUCAGCGAAUAGUGAGUGUAACUAUGGUGUACUUGUGCCCUUCACAGAGCCUCAUGAGUCGCCGCGCACUCGAUCGAGUCACAAACCCUGAAAAGAACACUACGCGACUGUGAUAUUAGUGAGAUCGUAAAGUUUCGGAGAAUCCCCAAGCUCUAACCGUCAUAUACGGGUACGAUGACCCACGGGCCCUUUGUAAUAGGAUCAGCCGGAGAGAGUUAUAAAGAGAAUGGAAUGGAAUAUUUAAAGCCAAUGGAGAAUUCUGUUCUCACCGAGCCAUCGCUCAGCGUUGACCUUCUGUGGUCACCAGGGGCUCUCGAUGGUGAAGGGUGAUAAAUUCUGCCUGCUUGAUAUGUAGAGAGUGAUAGACGCAAGCGCGCUUGAUCAUUGAAAUCAGGUAUUCAGUUCAGUAGGGGAGUAGGGAACUGCAUGAUUUCAACGACUACAGUGAAGAUAAUACAACUAAAGAUAAUGCAGCUGAUAGUUCGACUUCAAUCAGGAAGGAUGGAAAGUUGAAUGUUUUUAGAUUGGGAGCGCAGGAAUAUUUAUUCGAUAUUAUUUAGGGUUUACUUCCUUCCCACCAAUACGAUACUAAUAAAUUCCCAUUAAUAAAACGAAACAGCUCAUUUCUUCUUGCUUCUAGAGUUCCGCCGACGAGU